UUGUGUAGAAAUAGAAGAGAAUUAUAUGUUGUAAUUAAUAGAUAUUUGACAGAGCACAUACUUCAGCGACUAACUUCCGGAAGAGGGCGUGAAGAGGACAACCGGUCGUUCGGUUUAGAUUAUUUUCUAAUAUCGCAAGUGAAUCAACGUUCGUCAAGCGCGUUCCAUCCGGAUCAUAUAGUAAUGCUGCUCAAAUUUUUGGUGUGGCUGUCAGUUUUACUGGUUCUAGCAGACACUCGUGAAUCUUCUGCAGUUUAUAACAACCGAAUAAAAAACGAACCGGAAGUACAGUGUGGACAUGGCGUGAUUACGGUGAAAGUUCGAACAGAAACGAAACGACCAUCAUAUAUUUUUGCCAAAGGCCACUUCCGAAACCCGGAGUGCAGUUUUCACAACAGCAAUGUUGCUAACUUUACCUUUGAACACUGCAAUAUCAACAGGAAACGAGAGGUCAAUCCAAAAGGUAUGGCUUAUUCAUUAACAGUGAUCGUUCAGUUACACCCGCUUUUUAUUACAAAGGUGGAUCGAGCUUAUAACGUUCGAUGCUUUUAUAUGGAAGAGAACAAAGAAGUUAAUGCCGAGUUUGCUGUCAGCGAUUUGAUGACAACCGUCAUUGAGUCUGGUCAUCCGAUGCCGCAGUGCUCUUAUACACUUCACAGAGAUUCUCCCAAUGGCCCAGUACUUCGAUACGCUCGAGUUGGAGAUCUUGUAUAUCAUGUUUGGGAUUGUCCUUCAGAAGUGUAUGCUAUGCUUGUCCACACAUGUUCUAUCCUUGAUGGCCAUGGCGACGAGCACAUCGUCGUAGACUCUACCGGGUACCUCUACAAUUUCUUGAACAGUGCUGUCAACCAAACGAGCUUAAACUCUGUAGUCACUCUUACGCAUUCUUUUUUAGCUGGUGCAAACGUAGUAAAUUUACCAGAUAGUGAAUCUGUGUACUUCAGUUGCCAGAUCAAACUCUGCCUGAAAAGUGGUGAUUAUUGCUCUCAAAUCACACCUCCUAGAUGUGGCUACAACGAUGCAAUCCAUGGAGAAACAAUAGAGGAAGUUUUAGACUCAGAUCAACUGAUUGCAACAACCGCAGCGUUGCCAACGACUUCUGCAGAAGUCAAUUAUACGACAAUGGAACUGCCGUCGAUAAUUUCACUCAUUAGAAAUAUAUCGGAAGGUAUAAGUAACAACGAAACGGCAAAAUUCUUAGCAACACCAGACUCUAUUUUGGAGUACAUUGUAAGAGAUAUGGACGAAAAUGUGCAUAAAGACAAUUUUUCAGACACCGUUGAAGGUUCUGGAGAUGAAGUUGUCACUAUAAAACCUAUAACCAACCCAAAAGCACUUCUACGAUUCAAGAAGUCUAUGAAAGCCUCAAACGACGAAAUAGUUGAUGUAGAUGUUUCAACACCGGAGCUAAGAAUAAUUGAAAACGAAUUUGGCAAGAAUUAUCAAAAUAGAUCAUUAACAUCUAAUAACAACAAUUAUCAAACAUGUUCAGGGUUCCCAGAUUUUAAUGCACAACAGUCGUUAAUACAGUCGAAGGAUGCUGUCUGUUUACCACUUUUGGGCAUAUGGUUUUUAACAAUCGUAACAAUUGUUGCGCUUACAGCAGCCAUAAUUGCCGUCUACCGAUCGAGAUAUACGCGACAAAAGCUUUCACUGGUUUACUGAUA